AUGGCGAAGGAGAAGAAACAGGAAGGGAACAGCGAGCAGCCACACAAGUCCCACAGGUCACGGAAAGUCGGAGCCUCUGCCAAGAAGAAAUCGAAAUCCAAGCCGAAUUCGAACGAUGAACUCUCCAAAGAACAGAAAAAGUUGCAUAAUCCAAAGGCGUUUGCCUUUACUUCAACCGUCAAAGCAAAGCGAUUGCAAGCACGAGCUACAGAAAAGGAGCAGCAGAGGCUUCAUAUCCCAAUGAUGGACCGUUCCACAGGAGAACCUGCUCCUUUUGUUGUUGUAGUCCAGGGACCUCCCCAGGUGGGGAAGUCCUUGCUGAUCAAAUGUCUUGUAAAGCAUUACACGAAGCAUAAUUUACCUGAAGUUCGAGGUCCAAUUACUAUUGUAUCAGGUAAGCAAAGGAGACUGCAGUUUGUGGAGUGUCCAAAUGACAUUAAUGGGAUGAUCGAUUGUGCUAAGUUUGCCGAUUUGGCCUUGCUUCUCAUUGAUGGAAGCUAUGGUUUUGAAAUGGAAACAUUUGAAUUCCUCAACAUAUUACAAAAUCAUGGAUUCCCUAAAAUAAUGGGUGUUCUUACACACCUCGACAAGUUUAAGGAUGUUAAGAAACUCAAGAAAACAAAGCAACGACUCAAGCAUCGAUUCUGGACUGAGAUAUAUGACGGUGCCAAAUUAUUUUAUUUAUCUGGCCUUAUUCAUGGAAAGUACACUAAGCGCGAGAUACAUAAUCUUGCAAGGUUUAUUUCGGUUAUGAAGUUUCCUCCUUUAUCUUGGAGAGUUUCUCAUCCUUACAUCUUGGUAGAUCGCUUUGAAGAUAUUACUCAUCCAGAGACGGUGCGCAUGAAUAGUAAAUGUAACAGAAAUGUGACCUUGUAUGGUUAUUUGCGUGGCUGUAAUUUGAAGAAGGGAACUAAGGUGCAUAUUGCUGGCGUGGGUGAUUAUAGAUUGGAUGACAUUACAGCCCUAGCUGAUCCUUGCCCUCUGCCUUCAGCUGCCAAAAAGAAGGGACUACGUGAUAAAGAAAAGCUGUUUUAUGCGCCAAUGUCUGGAAUAGGGGAUCUCUUAUAUGAUAAGGAUGCUGUCUACAUAACUAUAAAAGAUGACUUUGUUCAGUACUCUAAAGAUGAAGUUGAUGCCAGCGGAACACAAAGAGUAAAGAAACGUGACCAUGGCGUAGAAAUGGUUAAAUCAUUGCAGAAUCCAGAAUAUUUGCUGGAUGAAACAACAGAGAAGAAGAUUUCGAUUUUUGGGAGAUCAGAAGCAGCAAGUUGUUCAACAGAUGCUCCUGACUCAGGUAACCAAAGGGAAGCCUUGGAGCCUGCGGAGCAGUAUGGAUCCGGGAUACAAGACGAAGAUGGUGAGUCAGAGGAAGAUACACACACUGAGGAUGGAGAUAGGAUAGAAUCUUCAGAUGGAGAGAAAAUUCUUCAAAAGAACUUAUCUAUGAAAACUUCAGAUGAUAGUUCUGAUGAGGAAAAUUACUUUACAUCAGACCACCAGCCUCCAGCUGCAAGAAACUUUAAGGAACAGAUAAAUUUCCAUGACGGAAGGGUGCGAAGAAAAGCUAUUUUUGAAAAUGACAUGGAUAUUGAUCAUCUGAAGGACUCUGAUGAUGAUGAAGCAGAUGAUAAUGAUCAGGGUUCUAGCGAUACUGAAAUAAAAAGUGACAAAGAUGAAGACGCGUCUUCUCAUUCUGAUUUUUCAGAUGAGGAUGAAGAUCAUGCUAGAGAUGGAGAUGACAUGGGAAACAUUUCAAAAUGGAAAGAGUUCUUGGUAGAACGAACUGCCUCGAGAAAGAAUGUUAAUCUCAUGCAACUCGUAUAUGGGAAACCUGUGUCAGAGUCUUCAAAUGAAAAGCAAGACAGCAGCGAGAAGGAAGAAAGUGAGGAUGAUGAAUUCUUCAGGCCUAAAGGGGAGGGAAAUAAGAAAUCAAAGGAAGGAAUUGAUGAUGGUAAUGUGGACAUUGAAGACUGCUCCAAAUUCAUUCACUAUGCAAGUGAAAAGGAUUGGAGGAGUGAAGAUUUAAUUGAAAGCAUUCGUGAUCGUUUUGUUACUGGAGAUUGGUCUAAAGCUGCAUUGAGAGGUCAAGUUUCAGAAGCCACUUCUGGUGAUAAUGGUGAAGACAAUGAUGAUGUAUUUGGUGAAUUUGAAGACUUGGAAACAGGUCAAAAGUAUGAGAGUAAUCAGACGGACAGGCUUGGUAAUGUCCACAAGGAUGAUGAGUUAACUGCUGAGGAGAGAAGACGGAAAAAACUGGCUCUUCGUGCAAAAUUUGAUGCCCAGUAUGACAGUUCUGAAUCGCCUGAUGAAGACAAUGAUGGCAAAAGUGACACCAAGUUUAGCCAUGGACAAACUGAUGGAAGUGAGUAUGUUGAUAAGUUGAAGGAGGAAAUUGAACUUCGGAAACAAGUAAAUAUGGCUGAACUCAAUGAACUAGAUGACACUACUCGUAUUGAGAUAGAAGGUUACAGAGCAGGGACUUAUCUUAGACUUGAAGUUUCUAGUGUUCCUUUUGAAAUGGUAGAAAAUUUUGAUCCUGCUCACGCUAUUCUUGUUGGAGGACUUGCACUUGGAGAGGAGAAUGUUGGAUAUAUGCAGGUACGGUUGAAGCGGCAUAGAUGGCACAAGAAAGUACUGAAGACUAGAGACCCGAUAAUUGUUUCUAUGGGAUGGAGACGCUAUCAAACCGUUCCCAUAUAUGCCAUUGAGGACCGUAAUGGUCGAUAUCGCAUGCUCAAAUACACUCCUGAACACAUGCAUUGUGUUGCCAUGUUCUGGGGUCCACUUGCGCCACCCCAUACCGGAGUGGUUGCUGUUCAGAACUUAUCUAAUAACCAGGCAACAUUUAGGAUCACAGCAACUGCAACAGUGCUGGAAUUCAACCAUGCUGCAAAGAUAAUGAAGAAGAUCAAGCUUGUUGGUUAUCCCACUAAGGUCUUCAAGAAGACUGCUCUCAUAGAGGGCAUGUUUACUUCAGAUCUUGAAGUUGCCAGGUUUGAAGGUGCUGCUGUGCGAACCGUUAGUAAAAUACGUGGGCAAGUGAAAAAGGCUGCAAAAGAUGAGAUUGGUAACAAGUCAAUUAAGAAGGGUGGUUAUGCUAAAGAAGGCAUUGCUAGAUGCACCUUUGAGGAUAAAAUAAAAAUGGGUGACAUUGUGUUUCUGCGUGCUUGGACUCAAGUUGAAGUACCUUGCUUUUACAAUCCAUUAACAACAGCCCUGCAGCCCCGUGACAAGACAUGGCAAGGAAUGAAAACAGUUGCUGAAUUGAGGAGAGAACACAAUCUUCCGGUACCUGUCAACAAGGAUUCACUGUAUCAGCAUAUUGAAAGGAAGGCAAAGAAGUUCAAUCCAUUGGUUAUUCCAAAGAGGCUAGAGGAAGCUCUUCCAUUUUCCUCAAAGCCCAAGAACAUUACUGUUCGAAAGCAGCCACGUGAAAUUACGGCUGUUGUUAUGGAACCUCGUGAACGAAAAGUGCACACUCUUGUCCAACACCUUCAGCUCAUUAGAAAUGAAAAGAUGAAAAAACGCAAUCUCAAGCAGGAGGCGAAGAAGAAAGAACGAGAAGUGGAGCGCUCAAAGGAAGAGCAGAUUUCAAAGAAGCGCCAGAGAGAGGAACGACGUGGAAGCCUUCGAAAACUUGGUGAAAUUACUGCUUUGCAAAUGUCAAGUUGGCUGCUGGUACUGAUGAGCAGCUACAAGUCAUUGGCUGCUAACUGA